AUGGAACCCUCGUACUCGACCAGCAGCGAAGACUCGGUGCACUCCAACAUGCCUUUCUACUAUAACAUCCCACUUACUCCCGACUUCGAAUUAAUGAGCCAAUCCACCUCGUCGCCCACGUACACGCCAUCCUAUACCUCCUCCUUCAGUUCCUCGUUCGAUUCGCCCUCCUUCAACUCCUGCGACUUUACUCCUCCUAUUGCGUACCCGGCGCAGAACAUGCACAACAACUCCCAGAACGCCACCACAUGCUUCUCUCCCAUGCAAUCCCACUACGUCUGGCCGCCCACGACUGCAAUGGCAGCGACAGCCUCAAUGCCGCCUGUGGACGAAGUGAUGAUCCCGGAUCUGGACAUGGACAUGGAUCUGGAACUGGAACAUCCGUACCUUGUGGAAGCCGAAUCAACCAAACCAAUAAACAUGAACAUGAACAUGAAACCCUUUCCCUGCGAAGACUGCAGCGCCGCCUUCACUCGUCCGGCGGAUCUGAAACGUCACCAAUCCAGCGUCCACAAUCCCGUGUUCCAAGACUGUCCCGUGCAAGAGUGUCUUCGAAAGGCGGGCAAUGGCUUUCCGCGCAGAGACCAUCUGAUCGAGCACUUGCGAUCGUACCAUCAUUGGGAUUUACCCAAGCGACGAGCGGCGAAACGAGGGAAGGCUUCCGUCGCUUGA